UGAUCCAUCACGGCCGCAGCCGGUAAACUUUCGCAGGAGGCUCAGCCAUUGGUUGACAGAGUCACGUGUCUUUCCCCUGGAGCCCUCCGCCUGCCCGCCCCGCCUCUUGCGCACUGUACAUUCAUAUCAUUUUUCUUCUCUGGUCCUAUGGAGGAAGUGAGAAAGUUGGCACGGUCACCCAGGGCUUCGCAGGACCCAGUCACUCAGUGACAGAUGGACAAUGCAAGAAUGAACUCCUUUCUGGAAUACCCCAUCCUUGGCAGCGGCGACUCUGGGACCUGCUCGGCGCGAGCUUACCCCUCUGACCAUGGGAUUACAACUUUCCAAUCCUGCGCGGUCAGUGCCAACAGCUGCGGCGGCGACGACCGCUUCCUAGUGGGUAGAGGGGUGCAGAUCAGCUCGCCCCAUCACCACCACCACCAUCAUCACCACCCCCAGCCGACUACUUACCAGACUUCUGGAAACCUUGGGGUUUCUUAUUCCCACUCGAGUUGUGGUCCAAGCUAUGGCGCGCAGAACUUCAGUGCGCCUUAUGGCCCCUAUGGAUUAAAUCAGGAAACAGACGUAAGUGGUGGGUACCCCCCGUGCGCUCCCGCUGUUUACUCUGGAAACCUCUCGUCUCCCAUGGUCCAGCAUCACCACCACCACCAGGGUUAUGCCGGGGGCACAGUGGGCUCGCCCCAGUACAUUCACCACUCAUAUGGACAAGACCACCAGAGUCUGGCUCUGGCCACGUAUAAUAACUCCUUAUCCCCUCUCCACGCCAGCCACCAAGAAGCCUGUCGUUCCCCCGCUUCAGAGACGUCUUCUCCAGCACAGACAUUUGACUGGAUGAAAGUUAAAAGAAACCCUCCCAAAACAGGGAAAGUUGGAGAGUACGGCUAUGUGGGUCAACCCAACGCAGUGCGCACCAACUUCACUACCAAGCAGCUCACGGAGCUGGAGAAGGAGUUCCACUUCAACAAGUACCUAACCCGAGCGCGCAGGGUGGAGAUAGCCGCGUCCCUGCAGCUCAAUGAGACCCAGGUGAAGAUCUGGUUCCAGAAUCGCCGCAUGAAGCAGAAGAAGCGUGAGAAGGAGGGGCUCUUGCCCAUCUCCCCCGCCACUCCUCCUGGAAGCGAUGAGAAAACGGAAGAAUCAUCUGAGAAAUCCAGCUCCUCGCCCGGUGCCCCUUCUCCAGCAUCGUCUACCUCAGACACUCUGGCUACCUCCCACUGAGGCUGCUCCAGCCCAACUCUGCAGCCCAGGCUUCUCCCUGGGCUGGGAUUUCUUACCCAAAGCACAUUCUUAGCUUAUCUUCUUUUCUUUACAGACUCUCUUUUCCUUUCUCGUCCCAUCUGGGGAGCUCCUGGCCAAGAUAAGGUAGUUCCAGAGAAUUCUGGAGACUUGGUUGGAAGUUAACUCCUUAAUCCACACCGGGUGCCCAUGUCAAUUUCUGAUGGUUCCCAACAUCCUUUCUUUACUGUUGUGAGAUUUUUUCUACACAACCCAUGGUUCCUUUCAGAUGUCCGUUGGAGAAGAGUUCCCUUUGACAACAGACGUUUACAGGAAAGAGGCAUCUCACCCUUUAUCUAUGUAUUGUUCUCCACCUGGCCCUUAAGUAGGACGCAGGGGAGAGAGAGUGUCCAAAGACUCAUGAAGAAGAGAUGCGCUGUGUUUACACAAUUAAUUCACCCCUUAACUUAGCUGGUUUCAUGUGUGUGAAUUUGCUGGUUGUAAAUGCUUUCUCUUCAGAGAUUUAUCUUUAUACACAUUUUGUAGAAAUAUGUAGGUCACUAAAUCAAACAGGGUGGACAAAUUCUCAAGACUGGUACAGUUCAUGUGUGAUUUUGGGCGAAAGAAGAAAACCUCUCUCAGUUCAGACAGAGUCAGAUGCCUCAGAAGGUGGCCUCAAUAGGUUCUUCAGAGUUAAGAAGGACUGCAAAGCACAAGGUUCAGAUCAUUCCUGUGCUAAGUCUUCCCAAACUCUUAACCAAUUCUUCCUGCUUCUCUGGUCACCCUGCAUUUAAAAAUUAUGCUGGAUUAUUUGUAACCUAAAUGUAUUCUUUCAAUCACCCUUUCUUUCCACAGUAUCUUGUAUCGUGGCUGGAUACAAUGUAUUUUCAGCUAAUUGUUAAUGUGAUGGAUGGCACAAUGAAUGUAUAUUUUGUGUGAUUUCGUGAAUAGUCUUCUGCAUGUCGCACAAUGUUUUGACGUCCCUGAAGUAUCACACUGAGUUCUAUCAGUUAUCCUUUGUGAGCCUAUGAUAGUUCCCAUUUCCUGUACAAUCAUGAACAGCUCUGAGACCCUGGAGUGAUGUGGUCCAGAGCAGAGUUUACGGGUCUUAAGAUGUCUGUAAUAAAAGAUACUCAAGUUUCAGGUC